AUGUCUACGUCCGACUUGGAAAAAUUGAAGAGCAUGCGUGAAAAAUUCAAUUGGGGAGUCGAAAAAGAACGACAUGAAUUUCUCCGUCAGCUUUAUCCUUUGAUUAGAAAUUGGACGGAUCAAUAUCCAAAUCUUCGAGAUAUUUUUCGUUCCGAUGAAAUUGAUUGGCUUCUAACAGAAUCAGUCAAGUCCAACAAUGGCGUGAUCGAGCCAAAACUACUCAUUAAUUUUGUGGUUAAGACUAACUACAAGGACGAACUUGAAGUGCAGGCUAAAGAUGGUACACCACUGAUUCGUCGCACCACACCAGUUCAUUACGCAGUUCGACAAGAAGAAUUCAGCCUCGUUCGUGACCUCUUCGAAAUAUAUGACAAGUUCGACUCGAAUUAUAUCGAUGAGUACGGUCUAACGCAUUUUCACUUGGCUUGCAUGUCCGGUUGCGAGGAUGUCGUCCGAAAAUUCCUUGAAUUGGGUCAAGAUCCCACUUGCGUGGUAGCAGAAACAGGUGAUACGCCGCUCCACUUGGCUCUGGCUCAUUACAAAAGUGAAGUGGCCAAAUUGCUGCUGAGAAGCGGCGCUGAUCCCAAUUGGGCUAACAAAGACGGAUCUACUCCAUUACACGUUAUUUGCAAAAAAGAUAAAUUUAACGAUCAUAUUCUGGUGAAAAUGCUAUUCGAGGUCAGCGAUGCAAUUCAUAAAACGGUUCGUGUAGAUGCCCAAGACAAUUUGGGUAACUCACCGCUACACUUGGCUUUAACCGACGGUUAUAAAAAAAUGAUUGUCGAAUUGCUACUGCGAAGUGGGGCCAAUCCAAACUUGACCAACGCGGAGGGUCUGACUCCUCUGCACAUCAUUUGCAAGAGAGACGAACGUGUAGAUCACGGCAUGGCGGACAUAUUAUUCAAGAUCAGCAGGGAAAAACAUCAGAUGGUGCAAGUCGACGCCCAGGAUAAAACAGGUCAAACACCUCUACAUUAUGCUGUAAGCCACGACUGUAAAAAACAGAUUGUCCAACUGCUGCUGGAAAAUGGCGCCAACCCAAAUUUAAGCAAUUCCGAAGGGUCGACUCCUCUUCACAUUAUCUGCAAGAGAGACGAACUUAAUGAUGGUGUCUUAGCGAAUAUUUUAUUUGAGAUCAGUGACAAAAGGCAUCAGCCGUUGCAGGUUGACACCGUUGACAAUUCAGGUCAAACCGCACUGCACUACGCUGUAGCCAAGGGUUGCAAAGUACAAAUUGUCCGAGUGCUGCUGAAUAACAGUGCUGAUCCAAAUUUGGCCAACGCGCAGGGGUUGACUCCUUUACACAUUAUUUGCCAAAGAGACGACGAAUUUGGCUUGGCGAAGAUAUUUUUUGAGCUCAACGAAGAAGUCAAUCAGCUGGUGCACGUCGACGCUCAAGACCAUUUGGGCCGGACAGCAUUACACUAUGUUCUAACCGAUGACUGUGAAACAAAGAUUGUUCGAGUGCUAAUUAAAAAUGGCGUAAUCCGAAUUUACCUGACGUGGAGGGAUUAA